UUCAGGAUGUCCUUGUUGUGUAACUUUGAGAUUCGUACAUCACGACAGCCCAUUCGUCACAUUCAACGGGUCGGAUCGACCCGAACAGAUCCAACCGUUGAUUUCGCUUUGGACCGAAUCAUCAUCAUCAUCAUCAUCAUCUACUCUCUUCCCGUUUCGUCCCGAUUCCACAACCGUCUUCAAAUUCCGGUCACCGGUGCAUUCUCUCAUCAAUCCCCCUUCCCAGAAUUUCUAUGACACCAUGACCUUUUCAGAUGACGAAGACGAAAAUCUAGCUCAAUUUCUCGAAUCAGAAGUCCUAUCUGAGGUCUCUGAUAAGGAAGAGGAAAAUGUUGAGGAACCUAAAGCAAAGAGAAAACGAGUAGAAGAAGCUGAGAGUAAUAAUCAGGGUACCAAACAGUGUUCUGGUUCAUCAUCUGAGCUUAAGAACUUUGCUGUCUGUAACCCCGGUGUGCCGAGAAGGAUUGAGAGUGGUUUUUUCAGCAAAGUCCCACCAGAACUUUACCAUCAUAUUCUUAAGUUUCUGUCAUCUGAGGACCUUAUUUCUUGUUCGCUAGUCUGUAGGUUUCUAAGUCAUGCUGCAUCUGAUGAAGCUUUGUGGCGUCGCCUAUAUUGUAUGCGAUGGGGUGUUCUUCCUCCUUCGAGGAAGUUAAGGGACUGCCCGUGGAAAAAGCUAUACAUUCAGCGUGAUGAAAAAGACAUGGGUGAACUUGUCAGAAGCUGCCAAAAUGAGUUUAAGGAGUACUAUAUUCAAAUGCAAGCAGCCAAGAGAAGUCAAGCACCUCAUCCUUCACAGUUGAAGGAUGAUAGCAUAAUUCUUGACAAAACAUUAGCUGAUCAAGUCUCAUCAUGGAAAAGCAGCAGGGGCCUUAGUGACACAGUGGUGACUGACCAUGCUUGUUCUGGGAAGACAUGCUCGUACUACCAAAUUGGAGAUGUAUUUAUUUGUGAGAAGACCGGACAAGUUCAUGUUUGUGAUGAAACAUGCAAAGAAGUAGGUAUGGAUCCCACCGAUGAGCUUAUGGUCUGUACAAUAUCAGGGCACUGUUUUGAUAGUUUAUUAUCGCCAUCCGAAAUGGAGUCCGACUUUGAGCAGCAGCAAGGUGUUACAACAGAUGAGGAAGAACCAUUUAUGGGAUCUGGCCGUUUUGCACGAGCUUAUUUGCUGGGAUACAAUUGUGCUGAUGAAAAGGAGCUUGAAGCUACUUUGAGGUAUUGCUGAUCUCCAUAUAGCACUUCUGGAGUGGAUGAUCUCAUGUCUCAUCAUUUACCUACUGAGCAUAAAAGAUAUCAGAUGUCCUUUUAGUUUCUCUUGGCAUAAGAAUAUCUGAUUAGUCUUCCUGUAAAACUUUGGUUUGUCUUAUUGGCAUUAUAUUAUUAGUUGUAAUGUUGUAUGCUUUAUGCUAAUAGUCGUGCUUUAAUAUAUAGUUGAAUCCAUUAGAAUAAUUUUUCUUUUAA